AGCUGGCGGGAGGCGGCGGCUUCGGGCAGAUUUGAUUUUCCCGCAGCCCGGGCGCCCCGAAGCCCGAGACCGAGCCCGAGCCGAGGAGGUGGCGCUCGCACCGGGUCCCCGGCCCCGCUGCCGCCCGCGCCGAGCUCCAGGGAGAGGCGGCGCAGCCUCGGCGCUCCGGGCUCCGCGCUGCCGGCGUCCGGCCACCCCCGCCGCCCGCGCCGGAUCCGGCCCCCCACGCCCCUCUUCCCUCUUCCCUCUUCCUCACGCCUUCGGUCCCCACCCGAAGCUGCACACCCCUCUCCCCAUACCCUUCCCCACGACUACGCGCGCGUCCCUCCCGGUGUCCUCUCCCCGCGCCCCUCCGCCUCUCUCCGCUGCGCCCCAGCUCCGUGGGCACCUGGCCCCUCUCUGCCGGCCCCCCAGCCUCCUCGUCGCGUCACCCGCACCCCCUCCUCUAUCCGCGGCCCCCGCUCCCUCCGCCCCCCCUUCCCUCUCUCACUUCCCACGCCCCCUCUUCGCGCUCCUCUCUCCUCCCUUUGCCGCCCAGCACAGGCUCCGGAGUUGGGGGAGAGCCCAGGGUUUCAGUCGCUUUGGAGGAGGCGUGAAUCGCGCAGGGAUUGACUAAUUGGGGGUGGGGGGCGCGGUGGGCGAUGGAGCAGCCCGAGGACAUGGCGUCGCUGAGCGAGUUCGACUCCUUGGCGGGCAGCAUCCCGGCCACCAAGGUGGAGAUAACCGUGUCCUGCAGGAAUCUCUUGGACAAAGACAUGUUUUCCAAGUCCGACCCACUAUGUGUUAUGUAUACUCAAGGGAUGGAGAACAAGCAGUGGCGGGAGUUUGGACGCACUGAAGUCAUUGACAAUACACUCAACCCUGACUUUGUGCGCAAAUUCAUUGUGGAUUACUUCUUUGAGGAGAAGCAGAACCUCCGUUUUGAUCUUUACGACGUUGACUCGAAGAGCCCGGAUUUAUCCAAACAUGAUUUCCUGGGCCAGGCCUUCUGCACCCUCGGAGAGAUUGUGGGGUCCCCUGGGAGCCGCCUGGAGAAGCCCCUCACGAUAGGAGCAUUCAGCCUGAAUUCCAGGACAGGCAAACCCAUGCCAGCUGUGUCCAACGGAAGUGGUCUUUGGAUGGAAAGUUUGAGAACCACUGGUCUGGAAGCCUCCGGUGGGGUCCCAGGGAAGAAAUGUGGCACCAUCAUCCUGUCCGCUGAGGAGCUGAGCAACUGUAGGGAUGUAGCCACAAUGCAGUUCUGUGCCAACAAGCUGGACAAGAAAGAUUUCUUUGGGAAGUCCGACCCCUUCUUGGUGUUCUACAGAAGCAAUGAGGAUGGAACGUUCACCAUCUGCCACAAGACCGAGGUCAUGAAGAACACCUUAAACCCAGUUUGGCAAACCUUCUCCAUUCCUGUGAGAGCACUCUGCAACGGGGACUACGACCGGACCAUCAAGGUGGAGGUGUAUGACUGGGAUCGGGAUGGCAGCCAUGACUUCAUUGGCGAGUUCACCACCAGCUACCGGGAGUUGGCCCGCGGACAGAGCCAGUUCAACAUCUAUGAGGUGGUAAACCCGAAAAAGAAAAUGAAGAAGAAGAAAUACGUGAAUUCUGGCACGGUCACGCUGCUUUCCUUCGCUGUGGAGUCUGAGUGCACAUUUCUUGACUAUAUCAAAGGAGGGACCCAGAUCAACUUCACGGUGGCCAUCGACUUCACGGCUUCCAAUGGGAACCCGUCGCAGUCCACGUCCCUGCACUACAUGAGCCCCUACCAGCUGAACGCCUACGCGCUGGCGCUGACUGCAGUCGGGGAGAUCAUCCAGCACUAUGACAGCGACAAGAUGUUCCCUGCCCUUGGCUUUGGGGCCAAGCUGCCACCCGACGGAAGGGUGUCCCAUGAGUUCCCGCUGAAUGGCAACCAGGAGAACCCUUCCUGCUGCGGCAUCGACGGCAUCCUGGAGGCCUACCACCACAGCCUGCGCACUGUGCAGCUCUACGGCCCCACCAACUUCGCCCCAGUGGUGACCCACGUGGCCAGGACUGCGGCCGCAGUGCAGGACGGCUCCCAGUACUCGGUGCUGCUCAUCAUCACGGACGGGGUCAUCUCGGACAUGGCGCAGACCAAGGAGGCUAUUGUCAAUGCUGCCAAACUCCCCAUGUCCAUCAUUAUCAUCGGAGUGGGCCAGGCGGAGUUCGAUGCCAUGGUGGAGCUGGAUGGUGAUGACGUGCGGAUCUCCUCACGGGGGAAGCUGGCAGAGCGGGACAUUGUCCAGUUCGUGCCCUUUAGGGACUACGUGGACCGCACCGGCAACCACGUGCUAAGCAUGGCGCGCCUGGCCCGUGAUGUGCUGGCCGAGAUCCCUGACCAGCUGGUGUCCUACAUGAAGGCCCAAGGCAUCCGCCCGCGCCCCCCACCUGCAGCCCCGGAGUCCUCGCCACCACGGUCCCCAGCCCACACUCCCCCUGCCUCCCCCCUGCACACACACAUCUGAGCGCUCUUCCCGAAGGUCUCUGGCCUGUGGUGGGUGGCUCCCUGGGGGGAGGGGGCAGUGGAAGCACAGCUGGGGUCCCCAGACCCCCUUGCAAUAUGCCAUGCCUAGCCUUUGUAACUGUGUGUGCCUGGGAGGCCAGCGGGGGACGGGGCCCUGAAGACUCUGCUCUCAUUUCUCAGCCUCGUGGCCCAAACCCGGGGAAUUGGAGGGUACGUGUGGUGGGGGUGAGGUUCUGGGCCUCUGCCCUUCUCUGUCCCCCCAAUACCUGGUUCUAGACCAGACAGGAAGGGGUUAAAGAUCAGGAGGAUUGGGGUCCCCCUCAGUCCACCUGGGCAAGCCCAUCUGUUCCUCCGUGGCCCUGAAGCCUGAGCUGGGCCGCUCCCCUCUGGGGUGCUAGGAUACCCCGCCCUCCUGUGCCGUAUACUAAUACACUUGGCCCCUGAUCUCUCACUCCCCAGUAUCUACCCCAUCCCUAUUUCCAGUGAACCCUGUGAGGCUGAUGGGUCUGCAGGGAUGCCUGAACAUGUGACCCCCUCCCAGGGACACUUGCAUGCCAUGGGAGCUGAGCAGACCCAUGAAGGGGAGACUGUGAUGGGAGGGCCAUAGGCCACAUGAUGGGCUAGGAAUGGAGGCUUUUUAGAUACAGAGUCCUUUCCGGUGCCUCUCGGGCCCAGAAAGAUGCUGGCUUUAGAUCCAUAGGCCUGUCCCUGGUAUGGGCCCACAGGCACCUCUACAUUUGACUCCUGGUUCUAGGCACCCUCUCCUCCCACCAAGGCUUCCCAGGGCCCUUGGAGCCCAGUCCUCUGCUGCUCCCCUGGAGGCCUUGGAAGGAGCCAUCCAGCCCCAGCACUCCCACGUCGCCACUCUUUCCCACAGGGAAAGGAGACAGGAGUCCUGGGUUUGAGCCUGUGGGAACCCAAGCAAGGCCCUUCCGCCUUCUGGGACUCAGAAGUAGGGCAAGAGGGUUGACCAGAUGGUUCCAGGUUUAUCUUCAGCUCCAGUGUCCUGAGAGUCCAUUCAUGCCAUGCCCAGCUUCCCCAUCCCACGCCUCAGCAGUGUGACCCCCUUACUCCAGGCCGUCUUGGCCCUUAGGGUCACUCUCUUCCCUCCUGUCACCUCAAAUCCACUCUAGUCCUUCAGCCUUUGGCUGUGGGGUCUGAGCCCAAGCCCCUGCCUCUGCUGUGGGAAGGCGGGAAGGGUGAUCUCACCCCUGGGCCCCCCGAGCUGCCCAGCCUUUACCCACACAGGGAGCAAGUCAUGCAUGCCAGCCCCUCCCACUGCAUGGGGCCCCUCAGCCCACGACUCGUCCCAUGCCUGGGUGGAGACCAGGCCCCCAACCUGUCCACUGCCCAACACCGCUUCCCUUCCCGUCAUGCAUGAUGGUGGUGUUUCUAUGCUGUCUGGUCCUGUGCCCGUCUCUGAGACAGUCUCUGUGUGGAAUUUGCCUUAAACUGAAGUAAACUGGGUUCUUUUAGUAAAGUU